AUGAAAUCUUGUGGAGGGAAUGAGGAAAGUCUUUUGAUUGCCAUCGAUGAGGAGGGAGCUCAAGACUUUUAUGCUCCAAAGGUCAAGGGAAAGAGGGAGCUCAAGAAUUUGGAAUAUGAUGAGUUAGAAAUAAUUUCAGCAAUUGCUAUGGCAAAAGAACGAUUUGAUAGCGAAAGAGGAUCAAUAUCACGUCGUGAUUCUGGUCAACGCCGCAAUACUAUUUGCCGUAAUUCUUUGCAAGGUCAAGAAAACCUUUUCCGCGACUAUUUUGCUGCAUCGCCAGUUUAUCCAGCCAAAAAAUUUCGGAGGAGGUUUCGUAUGCGUCGUGAACUUUUUAUCUACAUUCAUGAUGCAAUAGUAGAUCAUGAGCCAUAUUUUCUCCAAAAAAGAAAUGCUGCUGGCAAGCUUGGGCACUCUUCCCUACAAAAGAUGACUGCCGCACUUAGAAUGCUCGCUUAUGGAGUAAUGGCAGAUCUUAUGGAUGAAUACUUACGAAUUGGAGAAUCUACUGCAAUGGAGUGUUUUAAACUAUUUGUUCAAGCGGUGAAUUCAAAAUUUUCCACCGAGUACUUGAGGUCGCCAACCCAAGAUGAUGUUGCUAGAUUGCUAGCAAUUGGCGCAAGUCGUGGAUUUCCAGGUAUGUUGGGAAGCAUUGAUUGCAUGCAUUGGAAGUGGAAGAACUGUCCAAAUGCUUGGAAAGGUAUGUAUUCUGGUCAUAUCCAUGAACCAACUAUUAUUUUGGAAGCCGUGGCAUCUUAUGAUCUUUGGAUAUGGCAUGCAUUUUUUGGGUUACCAGGGUCUCACAAUGACAUCAAUGUGUUAGAACGGUCUUCUGUAUUUACCAAUCUAGCUGAAGGGCGUGCACCUCUAGUAAACUACUCACUCAAUGGUCACAACUACACAAUGGGAUACUAUCUUGCCGAUGGUAUAUAUCCUCAAUGGGCAACAUUCGUAAAAACAAUUCAUGCUCCACAAGGAAAUAAAAGAAAGAAUUUUGCUGCAUCUCAAGAGUCAGCAAGGAAGGAUGUAGAGCGGGCAUUUGGAGUACUUCAAGCGCGAUUUGGUAUUGUGCGUGGACCUGCACGUUUACACAAACCUGAAAUGCUUAAAGAGAUUAUGAUGGCGUGCAUAAUAUUGCAUAAUAUGAUCGUUGAAGACGAGCGAGAUUUAUACCUUGGAGCAGAUGACUUCGAUUAUGAACAAAUCAAUGAGAUUCCACUCGAACCACCAUCACAUGAGCAUACAGUUGAGUUUUUGGAAUUCAUACAAAAUCAUCAUCGUAUUAGAGAUCGAGUAACUCAUUCUCAACUCCAGUCGGACCUUGUCGAGCAUUUAUGGCAACUACAUGGCCAAUAA